AUGACCGAAGAAAACGAUGAGCCCGUCGUCAAGAAACAGAAGCUUUCGGAAGAAGACCUGGAAGCCGAGCGAAGACCAUGGGAAAAUGACCAAGUAUGGCUAGCAAGGAAAACAUUUUUGGAAGCACAUUGGAAAGAUUUCCCAAUAGAGAAUUUGCGCUGCCUCUCACAAGUGUUCAUCAAUGUGAACAUGAUCGGUUGUGAGUACAGUUCAACGUUGAUGGAAAAGAUAAGAGAACUCGGGCGCGGAAUAAUGGAUCGAGCAAGACGCCUUGAAAAUGAUCGGGCCUUUGUGAAAGCGAGCGUCGGACGAGCCCACGCAAAUGAUAUUCGGGAGAAAAUAGAAGCUGAAAGGCGUCCGACCAUUGAGCAACGACGGGCUCAGAAAACGCCAUUUGAAGAAAAACUCGUCCAACUGCGAGCACAACUACAAAUAGCUGACAGAAAGAGCGCACCACUGCAACAAUUGAACACAGCUUGCGGUCGUAAUCAGAUAACAUGGCAAUUUCUCGAUAAACACGACGGUGCAGAACUUCGAUUGGGUGACUAUUUGAUCUGCAAAAGACGUAUUUCCACUGUAGGAGUCGAUAAGAAAGAAAUAAUCGUCGGAACAGUUGUCGAAACAAUAGUGGAAGGUGGAGAAAUGACGGUGGUCGGCAAAGAGAUUCAUUUUGGGAAUGCAAACGAAACGUUAAAGGGUCCGUAUGAAUGUUACGAGGAAUCUUAUCGCCGACGUUUGAUUCGAGCAUCUCGUCAUUUAUCAGAAAAACCAGCUGGAAUGGCUCAAUUAGCCGAAGCAAUGAAUGCGAGUGGACUACCGAUGGCCCACUCUUUGGAGCAAUUGAGGGGUUGGGAGCAACAACUUGUGGUACGGAGUGGCGACGUUUUGCUUGCCGAACGCCAUCUCAAGAAAGGAGACUGUAUCGCUAACAAAACCGAGCAAAUCGUCGCUGAAGUUGCCAAACAGAUUAUUAAUUCGAUCUCCGUACCGAUUCUCAUCACCACUCCAGCCGGCACAUUGCAAUUGAAGUUAAAA